AUGACAAAAGAUAUUAGAACAGGCGAUUUAGUGUUAUGCAAAGUUGGCUCGUUUCCACCUUGGCCAGCUGUAGUAUUUCCACAGCGUUUGCUGCGAAACGAUGUAUAUAGAAAGAGAAAAUCCAAUUGUGUUGCUGUUUGUUUUUUCAACGAUCCAACUUAUUAUUGGGAACAACCCAGUAGAUUAAAGGAGCUAGAUCAAGACAGCAUUCACAAUUUCAUAUUAGAACAUAGUAAAAAUGCAAACCAAAGGGAAUUGGUCAAUGCUUAUAAGGAAGCAAAAAAUUUUGAUGAUUUCAACGUAUUUUUACAAGAAAAGUUUGAAGAAGAAAACAGGUUAAGUGAUCUAAAAGCGUUUGAGAAAAGUGAAGGUUCUAAAAUCGUUGCCGGAGAAGAUCCCUUUGUAGGUCGAACAAAAGUAGUGAAUAAAAGAAAAAAAAAUUCAAUAUCCAUCAAAGAAGAUCCGGAAGAUAACCAGAAAUCAAAUGAAGAAGAAAGCAAACCGAACAUCAAACCGUCCAAAAAAAAGAGACCCACAGCUAAUUCGGGAGGAAAAUCAAACAGUGGCAAUAAAAAGAAAGUUAAAUUAGACUAUUCCAGAAGAGUAGAAAUUUCACAGUUAUUUCGCCGCAGGAUUCAAAGAAAUCUAAUCCAGAGAGAAACACCUCCUACUGAGCAUGAGAUCAAGGAAACUCAUGAACUAUUAAAUAGAAUAUAUGAGAAUUCUGACACCAAACGGCCCUUUUUUGAUUUGAAGGCCCUACGCGAAAGCAAAUUACACAAGCUACUGAAAGCAAUUGUUAAUGAUCCUGACUUAGGCGAAUUUCACCCACUUUGUAAAGAAAUUUUACUGUCCUGGGCAGACCUAAUCACAGAACUGAAGAAAGAAAAGUUGCAAGCGCUACCUACGCCUUGA